CCGAUUCGUUGUUGCAUGUUUUCAGGUAGUUGUAAAAAUGAAGAAGGGGAGCUUGCAUGAUGAGUGCCUAUAUCUGGAGCUUUCCCACUGCUCAGAAGACAGGAUUUUUCCUCUGCAUACAUCCAUUGUUUUUUUUCUAAUGUCCUACUGUGACACCACAUCUAUGAAGGUGUUCCUAGUGCCAAAUAAGGAUGCUGCUGAUUGUCCGUUAUGGCAGAAAAGGGUACCGGCCAACAUUCCUGUGGCUCUACUUUCAGAACAGGAACUGCCCCCCGUGGUUCGAAUUUGUCGUCUGCCUGCUGUGGUGGAAAGCGAUGGGAAUUUUUGUCGAGCAGGCCUUGCUGUAGUUUUGAGACACAUAAUUCAAAGGACUUAUGACAUUGACUCCAGUCGCAAGGAUGUCUUGGAGCUGCUAGGCUUUAAAAAGACAUGCUUAAAGGCUUGUGCAGAGGUGAGCCAGUGGACCAAGCUUUGUGAGAUUAGCAUCCCGCUAGCUGUGGGGAACUUCAUUAGGAAAAGCAUAGAACAUCAAGGCAUUCCACCUGAGAUGCUGCACCUGGAGAACAAACUUGGAGAACCUGUCCACAUUCACAAUGAUGACAAGAUUCGUAGGCAGAAGCUGCGACAACGGACGAGGAACAAAAAUAACAAUACCAAAAAGGCAUCUAAUGGAGGAGCUGGCUGUUCUGAUGAAGUAUCUGACGUAACUAAAGAUUUAAAUGAGGAAAAGAAGGAUAGCAAAAAUGAAGAGCCUACCCAAGAGGGUUCUGAAGGAGGAGCUGGCUGUUCUGCUGAAGGAGCUGACGUAACUAAAGAUUUAAGUGAGGAAAACAAGGACACUGAAGGGUUAAGCCUGGAGCUGAGGACAGCACUUUCAAAAUUAGCAGUGGAGCAGAUACCAGUUGUGAGCAGCAGGGAGCAGCCCAGUAUCAGAAAAGUGAAAACCUCUGAUCUUCCACCACUGGAACAUUUGUUUGCAGAGGGUCUUUUCUUCACUCUCACAGAUAUAGUCCUAUUUCCAUGUCUACACUACUUUUUUGUUUCUCUUGAGGACUGUCAAGAACACAUACUGCAAGCUUUGCCGUUGCUCUGCCGUUGGUACCAACGUGUGCAGGAAGUACCCGGAGUGAAGAAAGCCAUUGUCCGCUGUGACAUCCAGCUUCUCAACCUUCCUGCCCCUGUGCCUUCCUCCAGCGUGCUGUUUCCAAGUUCUGUUGACAAUAAGGACAAAAAGAUGGAAACCAUGGAUCCCUAUUUCCGUGGUGGCCCAAGACCCACCAUGACCAAACUUGAAGAGAAUGGAAUUUCAGCAAGAUUUAUUCCACACCCUUGUUGCUCGAGUCAGGACUGGAGCAAUCUUCCAGUAGCUGUCAAUCCCAUAGAAGGAAUGCUCUCCCCUGAACGUGCUGUGAGGAAGCAGCAACAGUUGGACAACAUAAUCUCCAUUGUGACAAAAUUGGCCAAGCCUGGUGAUACGAUUGUUGAUUUCUGCAGUGGCGGGGGGCACCUUGGGAUAGUCCUAGCUCACACCUUGUCAUCGUGUCAGGUAAUUUUAGUGGAAAACAAAGAAGAAUCCUUAGAACGUGCCAAAGACAGAUGCGACAGCCUUGGAUUACAAAACGUCUGGUUUCUGCAGGCAAAUCUGGAUUAUUUCACAGGCUCUUUUGAAAUUGGUGUGGCACUUCACGCGUGCGGGGUGGCGACUGACAUGGUGAUCGAUCAUUGUAUCAUGGCUCAGGCGGCCUUUGUUGUCUGCCCAUGUUGCUACGGUUUCAUACAGAAUACAGUCAAGUACACAUUCCCAAGAAGCCAGAGAUUCAAGAGUGUUUUGUCAUGUAAGGAACACAUGGUACUGUGCAGGUUUGCGGAUCAGACGGCUGUACAACUCCCUGCAGAGCGCCGGUUAAUAGGGAAGAACUGCAUGGGCCUAGUGGAUCUGGACCGAGCAUUGGCAGCAGAGGAUCAUGGAUACACUGUCUAUGUCACGUCCAUGGAACCAGAUAGUUGUUCACCGAAGAACAACCUGAUAGUGGGGACACGUGAGCAGCUCAAUGCCUCAACUUCAAUGCACAAUGUCACAAAAGACAACAACCAAACUGCCAACACAACAUGAAAAUGAGCUUUCAUUGCGCCCCACUUGAAGUCCAGUAACUUUUUGCCAUUGUAUAAACAGAAAAAUGCCGGGGGAGUCAGAUCAGACAGCAUAGAGUUAUAGAGUCAUACAGCAUGAAAACUGGCCCUUCAACCCAACUUGCCCACGUCAUCCAACAUGUCCGAUCAACACUAGUCCCACAGCCUGCGUUUGGCCGAUAUCCCUCUAAACCCAUCCAAUCCAUUACCUGUUUAAAUGAUUCUUAAACGUUGCAAUAGUACCUGCCUUAACAACCUCCUCCAGCGUCUCAUUCCAUAUGCCCACCACCCUUUGUGUAAAAAAGUUAUCCCUCAGAUUCUUAUUAAAUCUUUCCCCCCUCACCUUAAACCUAUGUCCUCUGGUUCUUGAUUUCCCUAAUCUGGGCAAGAGAUUCUGUGCGUUUACCCGAUCUAUUCCGCUCAUGAUUUUAUACACCUCUACACCCCUCAUCCUCCUGCUCUCCAAGGAAUAAAGUCCUAGCCUGUUCAACCCCCCCCCUAUAGCUCAGGCUCUUGAGUCCUGGCAACAUCCUCGUAAAUGUUCUCUGCACCCUUUCCAGCUUGACAACAUCUUUCCUAUAACAUGGUGCCCGGAGCUGAACACAAUACUCUAAUUUGCGGCCUCACCAAUGUCUUAUAUAACUGUAACAUGACCCAACUUUUAUACUCAAUGCCCAGACUGAUGAAGCAUCUGUGGAGAGAGAAACCAAGUUAAAGAUUCAAGUCGAUGAUCAGCUCUGAUGACCUGAAAUUUUAAGCCUGUUUCUCUCCUCACGCUGCCUGACCUGUUGAGCGUUUCCAACAUUUUCUGCUUUUUAAAAUUUCUAACAUCUACGAUAUUUUGCUUUUCGUUCUUAACAUUUUCGUGCUCAGCUGCGGAAGGAUAUUGAGGUCUUGUGUCAUUCUUUACUCGCAAUGUAUCCCCUAUUGCCACGGCUUUGUGCAAUGACUUCAGCCUGGAAAUAGAAAGCCACCUCCAAUUCCAUAAUUUGACUUAUUUUAACAGAUGGCACUGCAACGCCUUGUAAAUUCCACCUUUCCGUAGUUUGAUCUACUGAGAAAUGAAACUGACUGGGAAUUUUCAGAUACAUUUUGUGAAUUAUUUCAGGAAUUUUUUUUGAAUUUUCAUGAUUUGAUAUUGUAAACCAUUUUCACUACAAAUGCACUUGGUUCCAAUGUGUAUCAGCCAAUUAUAUAAUGAAACCAGAAAAUAAAACACGGAAAUCCGAUAUUGUACUUGAGAAGGAUUCACCUGAUGGAGUUUCUGUUUCCUCAUUUGACUGUAUCCUUAAUAAUUGCUUAUAAUUUGAUAAAAUCUUCCCAUCUCAAUGUUUGAACUCUUCUUUAGUGAACGAAUAAGUUAAAAACAAUGUUUUAUA